GCGCUCAAACUGCAGUUUGGAGAAGAUUUGCGCGUGGCUGAGGUCCGUAAGCUGCUCCAGUCCGCCCGCCCAGUCAAGGUCACGCUGGUACAGCGACCAGAGGUCAGCGAUCAUGAGUUCAUUGAGGAACAGGAGCGCCACCUGCUGUCCAUCUGUCAGCGCACAAUGGCGCUACCUCUCGGGCGAGGGAUGUUCACACUGUCAACAUCAACACCGAUCGUCACGGAAACGCUUCCCGUCCCCAAGCUCUGUCUGACGGGACGAGCGCCGCCACGCAACACGAUCCUGUGUGCGUGCGUGCGUGCGUGCGUGCUGAACGUGGAUAAUGAGGCGCUCAAACUGCAGUUUGGAGAAGAUUUGCGAGUGGCUGAGGUCCGUAAGCUGCUCCAGUCCGCCCGGCCGGUCAAGGUCACGCUGGUACAGCGACCAGAGGUCAGCGAUCAUGAGUUCAUUGAGGAACAGGAGCGCCACCUGCUGUCCAUCUGUCAGCGCACAAUGGCGCUACCUCUCGGGCGAGGCAUGUUCACACUGUCAACAUCAACACCGAUCGUCACGGAAACGCUUCCCGUCCCCAAGCUCUGUCUCACGGGACGAGCGCCGCCACGCAACACGACGGUGGAUCUGACUCACAUCGACGUCCCGGCGAACAUGAACGCUUGGCCGCUGUUCCACAACGGAGUCGCCGCGGGGCUGCGCAUCCAACCACAGUCGUCCGGGGUGAGUAACCAUG